AUGUCCGUCCUACAGCAUGUCAUCCCACAACCCGGCCCUCCUUUGCGGCGAUGGAAGUGGGCCGCGGCGGAAAAUCUGGCAGAGAACAAGGCGAAUGUCGAGGGGCUGAAGACCAUGGCGAAGAAGAUGGUGGACGAUGAAGUCCUCCAGGGACGAGAGGCAAAUGAAGUGAAGCGCUCCGAGCCUUUCAGGGAGAUUGUUGCGGCUGUCGACUUUGGGAUGACAGAAGGCAAGGAGCUGGAUGCAAGAAGGACAAGACUAAAUGCUGCUGCUGAUACAGCGCGAGCAGCAUUAGCUGCGCCACUCGGGGCGCCCGCGAGCACUCAGUUGCCAGCACCACGAGCGCAGUUCCAGUCGCGACCGCCGACCCCUUCUGGUGUCCCAGCCACAGUACCCUACGCAGUACCAUCUGCUUUCACUGGCCAUCUUCCACCAGUCGCACGGGCGCCCUUCGCCGUCCCCGGCCAAUUCGCAGCACCAGGACCGAUCACUCACAACAUCCAAUACCACGGUCAUUCAUUGCAACCAACGCAGGUCCAGGACGAAGACAACAUCGUGGUGAAGCACACAGAGCGCCCGAAUCGCACCAGCUCAGUUGUGCAGGGUAGCUCGGCCCAGAAGAGUCGUAGACCGCCGAUCAAGCGAGAGGAGACUCAGGACAGCGUGCUUUCAGAGUAUGACAGCCCCACGUCGAACCGCAAGCAGGCCAAGAAGAAGGUCAAACAGGAAGCUCCUCCACCGAAAGAGGAAUCGUCUUCUGUACGACGCAGUGCUCGGACUCGCGGAAAGCGAAUCAGCUAUGCUGAACAGUCCGACCCAAUCUCGAGGACACCUUCUCCAGAAAAGUCGGACCACUCAUCUUUUUCACCACAGAAAUCCGACGUUUCCGAGCGAUCGAUUCAAGACCGGCGGAAGAGCGCCAUGAACCCAUCGCCGUUGAAGAACGAGAUGUCCGCGAGUCACUCGUCCAACUCUCUAGUAGACAAGAUUGCGGAGUGGAGCAGACGAGGUGGCGGUGUUCCUGCGAAGACGCCGACUCCUGUGCAUGCUGUCCCACAGAGCGGUCAUACCAUGCAGGCGAACGCCAAUGCUCCGGGAACCAACUUCACCUUACCACCACCUCCGGACUACCCUUCGAACCGCCGCUCGGGCUGUCCCUCCAAUUUUGCCACCGUGGCGCCUGGUGACUUCAUCUCAACGGGAAAUGCCAACAAUCAGCCGGGCUACGGUGACUCAAAGCCUGCGCCUGAUCGACAGAUCGCUUACCCCUUUUCAACGAUGCCGCACAUGGCCCCAGUCACCGCGCAGGGCCAAGGUUCGCCCGACUACGGUACCAACACCGGCCUGCCACCUCAAUAUCAACAGCAGUCGUAUGCCCAGACUCCAGCACAGGCUCAAGCAUCUUCAUACUCUCGAUCUGACCCUCGCAUCUUCAGCAGUGCGCAGACAAAAUCUCGUCCACCACAAGACCCGCAGGCUAUGGAAGAGAUGAGGCGACGCAAGGAGGCACGAGUUCAGCAAGGCGAGGUGCCAAACAUCAAUGAUGGAUCGUCGCAGAGCGUGCCUACAAGAACGUUUCACGUGCAAGCGAGCACGAACGACCCAUUCACCACCUUCUCACCAGAACGCAUGGCAAAGAUGAUCUUCGCCGAGGGCACGGUCGCUCUCCCACGCUCAAGCAAAGAGCACGGAAUGGCCGCGGCUUUGCAAAACUUGAAAACCACUCCGAGCCCCAUCAAGCGCUCUCUACCCUCAUUCACUUCGACUUCCGGCCAGACGCCUCCUUCAUCGAAACGCGCCCGGCUAUCAUCCAAUUUUGCUCCUACCCAGGACGGUGAUCCAUUCAAAGCACACGAUGGCGGAACACUCGUACCGUCGAGAAGGCCAUCGGCGAAGAAAACGCCGAAAAAACGCACCGCUUCCGGCACGCCGCAGAAACGUACGCCAAGCCGAGCAAUGAGCGACGUUAGUCGGAUGAGCGGCCUUGGACGCAGUGGAGGACCUCACGAGUCUAGUACGGGAAAAGUGCCAUCGAGCUUGAAGAGAGACUGGGCUGCGCAGGAGGUCACUGUAGGAGCAGAGUACGUUCCCACACCCAGUCGCGGAUCGGGACUGAAUGCGGAGCAGUACCAGCAGGGUAUGAGUACGAUUCGAGGGACGGGUCCACUGGGAGGCCUGAUCGUCCAGCCGAAUGGCCAGUCACAGAAAGACCAAUCCCAGUACAAUCGGCUAGAAAGUGUGCAGCGCCAAGUCAACGAUAUGCACACCCAGUACGGCGGAACGAAUCCACCGCACAAUGGACAAUACCCAACGACCGGUGCACAGCAAUCCGAGAGAACAUAUACCUCCCUCCCCGGCUUGAGUAUGAAUGUCGACUCGGGGACGAUGACGAAUAUGGUCGCCACGAACGAUAUGGCAGGAGGACAACACGACUUUGGUUUCCCGGACGAUUUGUCGGCGCUGGGGAAUUUGGACUGGGAUUUUGGGGAGGCGGCGAUGGGUGGGUUUGGGCAUGUUGAUGGGGGUUGA